CACAAUUUGGAAAACAUGAGAUUCCUACCAUUUUACUUUGUUCUUGCUCUCUGUUUUGGUGCUCUUGCUGCCGAGGCUGAUGUCUCAUUCUCUAUGUUGGGCGCCACCAGCGAAACCUACCGACAGUUCAUAAGGAACUUACGUAGUACCCUCACAAUAAGAUCACCAGUAGUGUAUGGCAUACCCGUGCUACAAUCGACAGCAGUGGGAUCGGCACGCUUCAUACUAGUGCAUCUCACGAAUUAUAAUACUGAAUCUAUCACUGUGGCAAUAGACGUAGUGAACAUUUAUGUUGUAGCAUAUCGAGCUGGGAAUAAUGCCUACUUUCUAAAUGAUGCUUCAGCAGAAGCAAACAAUGUGUUGUUUAAAGGCAUCAAGCAUGUGAGACUUCCCUAUAAAGGCAACUACGACGGCCUUGAAACAGCUGCAGGGAAGAUUUCAAGAGAGAAAAUUGAUCUUGGGUUUUCUGAAAUAAGUAGUUCUAUUGGCAACAUGUUCCAUCAUAAUGUUGGUACUUCUAUCGCGAGAGCAUUCAUUGUGAUCAUCCAAUCAGUCUUAGAAGCUGCAAGGUUUAAGUACAUUGAGCAAAGAGUUUCUGAGAACGUUAAGACUAAGUUUAAGCCAGACCCUGCAUUUUUAAGUUUAGAAAAUCGUUGGUCUGAUCUUUCCGAACAAAUACAAAUUGCACAGAAGCGAGAAGGAGAGUUUGCUCGUGCUAUUGAACUUCGAACGGUUAGCAAUAAACCAAUUAUCGUAACUAAUGUUAGUUCGCCUAUUGUGAAAGGCAUUGCACUUCUAUUAUACUAUAAAGUCCGUGUUGCCAUCGAUAACAUCAUCAGAAUGCCUACGAUGACAUACUAGUACUUAUCAGACAACUAUGUGGAUCGUAUGUACUAUGUAUGACAACCACAAAGGAUGUUGGUCGUAUGUAUCACAACAAUAAAGAAUAAACAUACUUAAACUCUAAGUUUACGAACAACAA